AUGUCCCCAAACUCCUCGUCCUCGCAGCCUGGGACCUGCAGCCACAGCGGACAGGCCGCUCUGGGGGCCGCCUCCUCGGGUCUUCCGGACCAACUCGGGAGGACUCGGCAUCGCGCGCAGAAGGCGGCGCCGAGGAAGACAAAGGCGCGGAAUCGCCAGGAGGCGCAGAUCCGAAACAAUUUUGGCAAGGAGAAACUUCAUUAUGAACAUGGUGGAUAUGCGCCUUAGCCUUCCCACCUUCAGAAGGGAGGAAAUGUGGUGAUGCGAGAUUCUCAGAAGGACCCCCAAGUAAGAGUAGAUGACCAGGCAGCCUGGUUUGCAAUACCCUCUCCUAAUUUCCACCCCAACAAUAGCAGUGUGAAAUGGUGUAAUGAAUAUGAAGAUAGAACUCCUCCAGAAAGACAAAUGGAAAACAAGCAGGAUGGAACCCUGGGGGAAUGGUUCAAGAUCACCAUUCCUUAUGGGAUGAAGUAUGACAAGAUAUGGCUAAUAAAUUCAAUCGAGAGCCAUUGCAGUGUCCCCUUCACUCCAGUGGAUUUCCACUAUGCAAACAACCGAGCCAGGUUCUCUCUCCAGGGUGCUAGCACUGCCUCUGCAUUGAGGGAUGUCAGCUACAAGAUUUGUAAUGAGAAGAACCAAAAUAUACCUAUCUUUGUGAAUACUUCUGUUGUACCCUACUCUGUGUGGGAUAAGUUGAAGACAAGGGAAAUGGAGUGGCUAAAGCUGACCGUGAACAAGAGAUAUGAUGUCUCCCAGAAAGCUCUUGACCUUCAUAAGCUCUGUUAUUACCCAGACUUGGUAGGCCUUGAUAUUGAUAUAAUCCUGAAUCGAAGAAACUGCAUGGCUGCCACCCUGCAGAUCAUCAAAAAGAAUUUCUGAGAGCUGCUGUCCUUGAACUUGUGCAAGAACAAACUGUACCAGCUGAAUGGCCUGUCUGACAUUAUACAGAUGGCCUCCACAGUUAAGAUCCUGAACCUCUCCAGAAAUGAGCUAAAGUUGGCAUGUGAAUUGGAUAAGAUGAAAGGGCUGAAGCUCGAAGAGCUGUGGCUGGAAGGGAACCCCUUGUGCAGCACCUUCCCAGACCAGUCCACCUACAUCAGUGCCAUCAGGAAAUAUUUCCCCAAGUUGUUACACUUGGAUGGCCAAAAGUUACCCCCACCAAUUGUAACUGACAUUGUAGGCCUAGAGAUAAUAAAACCCUGUAAGGAAAGCUAUAGAGGAUCUGAGACCCUGAAGAAUUUAGUCUUUCAAUUCUUGCUUCAGUAUUACUUGAUCUAUGAUUAUGGAGACCGACAGAGUCUCCUUAGUGCUUAUCACGACAAAGCCUGCUUCUCCCUGACCAUUCCCUUCAACCCCGAGGACCCAGCCCUAAGCAGCUUACUUGAGUACUUCAAGAAUAGCAGGAAUAUGAAGGCAGUCAAGGAUCAUGACCUGCAGGUUCAGCUGCUGAAGCACGGAAAGUGUGACAUUGUUGACUCCCUCAGUGCAUUGCCCAAAACUCAGCAUGAUCUUAAUUCCUAUGUUGUAGACCUGUGUGUCCAGACGGAAAUGAUGCUCUGUUUUUCUGUCAAUGGGAUGUUCAAGGAAGUGGAAGUAAAGUCUCAAGAGUCUGUCCGUGCCUUCACCCGAACCUUCAUCUUGACUUUUGGCAGCAAUUCCAGUCUGUGCAUCGUGAACGAUGAACUGAUUGUGGGUAAGGCCAGGACAAAAGAAACCCAGAGUGCCUUAUCCAUUCCAGUACCCACAUCCACCUCCAUCUCCAUGCGCAGCCUCUUCGCGGAUCAGCAAGAAAUGGUGCAGGUUAUCUCCACCCAGUCUGGGAUGAACCUGCAGUUGUCUCAGAAGUGCCCUUGGGACAAACAGUAGAACUAAACCAGGGCUGGUCAGGUCUUCACUAUGCUCAAGACCAACGGCCAGAUCCCAGUGGAGGCCUUCAAACAAAUACUCUAA